GUGGCUUCGACUUCUUGUGAAAAAAAGCAGGAAGUGUGCCGUCAAAUAAAGGUUAAUCUUGCUUCAGUCAACGAAUGCUACGCGGUGUUCUAUUCGAGCAACUAUCUCUGGGAAUUCGCGCCAAAUUAUUGUGGUUACGUACUCGGGAAAAUACUCGAUUUUGGUACCGGUGUCUCCGUGUUCAUCCUCAUCAUCCUCAUGGAUCUAUUUACUCUUCAUCGCUUACGUAUAACUGUGAUGAAAGUCGGGAAAGGAAUGAAAUCUAAGGAGUUAAAAUUUUUCGUCCAAUCCUGCCUACAGUUCAGCCUCUUCGUGGUGAAAUUGACUAAUUUCUAUUUUAUCUCUGGAUUUUUUGUGGGAGACUUGACAAAAUAUCACUGGCCGGCUUUUUUCACUACCACGUUUGCGUGGGAAGCUACACACUGCUUAGAUGGGUAA